AUCUGACUCUGCAACAGAGAUAUUACGUGGCGCGCAGUUACAUUUCAUCUCAAUUUCAAUCAACAUCGAUCGUUUUACCACGUCGCCGUCACUUUCAAUUCGCGAAAUGUGAAGAAUUUUGAAACGUGGAAUACGAUCCUAAAUCGCGCCACUUCUAAGAUCGCCAUUCAAAACUCGACAAGGAAAUUUUUUUACAGUGUAAUUAACGUUGAAAAUUUGUGCAAUUUGAUUUACUGCUAUACAAAUUCCGUAAUUAAAUAUCUUGGCUUUACAUAUAUCAAGGAUAUAUUUUACAAAAUUAAUUUUGCAAAAGAGUGAAAAUGACGAAGAUAACGGAAGAUAAAAGUCUGAGCGAGGUACUCACGGUAAAAGAUCCAACAAAAAUCACGAAAUCGAGCGGACCAGCCGACGUUGAACCGUUAAAAUUAAAGGUGUAUAAAAAGAGGUGGCUGAUGCUGGCCAUCUACAUGCUUUAUUCUGGAGCGAACUCGUCUCAAUGGAUAGAAUAUUCAAUUAUAACUAACAUAGUUACUAGGUAUUAUGGGGUGUCUUCGUUGACGGUUGACUGGACCUCGAUGUCAUUCAUGGCGUUUUACGCGGCGUUUAUAUUCCCGGCGUCGUACGUGACAGACAGAUGCGGUCUGCGAUGGACCACUAUCCUAGGCUCCGGUUUAAACUGUCUGGGCGCCUGGAUAAAAACGUUUUCCGUUCAGCCCGAUAGGUUUUACGUCGUUUUCAUCGGUCAUUCGAUCGUCGCGCUCGCACAGACUCUGGUCCUGCCGUUACCAGGACGCGUGGCCGCGCAAUGGUUUCCUUCUACCCAACUCUCGACCGCCACGUCUUUGGGUAUUUUUGGCAAUCAAUUGGGAGUGUCGUUAGGUUUUUUAAUAGGACCUAUGAUAGUGAAAAACCACGACAGCCUGGAGGACAUUGGCAAAGAUUUGUCACGUUUAUGCUUGAUCGUUGCAAUCGUCUCCACGAUUGUAUUUGCUGUGGUGCUUACACUAUUUCAGAACGAACCGAAACUGCCGCCGAGCGAGACGCGGGCGUUGCAAAAAAUAAGUCGGACGAAGAAAAGGGAGGAAUUCGUGGCGCCGAUUAAAAGGCUCUGCAAAAACAAAAACUACAUCAUGCUCUGUAAUUCCUACGGUUUGAACGUCGGCGUGCUGAACGCGGUGUCUACAUUACUCAAUCAGAUAUUCCUCGCGCACUUCAAGAAUGGAGAAGAGGACGCAGGCAGAAUUGGCUUAGCUAUAAUUCUCACCGGUAUGGCCGGCUCCGUUAGCUUCGGUAUCAUCCUUGAUAAAACGCAUAAGUUCAAACAAACUGCCGUGACCGUAUACUUUCUUACAUUUUGUGGUCAAAUAUUAUUCGCGGUAUUUACAUGCUUGGGCAUAAAGUGGAUGGUGUAUGUGUCAGCGAUUUUCUUAGGAUUCUUCAUGUCGGGAUAUCUGGCGUUGGGAUAUGACCUGUGCACCGAAUUUACGUACCCGGAGUCGGAGAAUAUACCGGCGGGACUUCUCAAUAUAACGACCAGCAUAUAUGGCAUUAUACUCAUUGUCAUAUUUGGAUUAUUGCUGAAUGCGUACGGCGACAUUCCGGUGCACGUCGGUUUGUGCUUGGCUUUGCUGCUCGGUUUUAUCUUAACCGCCGUAACGAAGGACGAGCAGAGACGGCAGGACGCGAGAAGGAAGGCUCGAUACGAGGAAAUCGCAAAAAUUGAGAAGAACGUCGAUGGCGUUCCAGAAACUAAUCAACUAACUCGUAGCGAUUAAUUAAUAGAUACACAGAUUAAUAUUAAUCUCUCUAACAAAUUUUCAAACAGACAGAGAUUUCGUUCAAAUUCUAAUUUUUAUCAAUGUUAUUUUCAUCUCCUAAGUCAUAUAUUGCAAUAAAUACUUUAAAAAAACUUAA